GGAAACUGAUUAUACAGGACAUCUCCCGAUUAUGACAGUUAAACAACGCAAUCGACAAGCUAUAACUAAGCCCAAAAAGGUUUGUAAGAAAUGCCAACAAAGGGAAAAGGAACUUGGAGCCGUCGAAAGCAAACUAGACAAAGUUGAAAAGUUGGUGGAUGAGCUGAAGAUGAGCGUAGACGAUGUUCACGAAGAAGUCAAAGAGGAAGGGAGCAGUAACAAUAACGCAAUGUUUGCUGACUGG